AUGAGAAUAAAGGAUCUAAUUUAUCUAGUAGCUAAGAAUUGGUGGGAAAUUUACUCUCAUCCGGAGUCUUUGUUAGCUCAAAUUUUCAAGGGAGUGUACUUCCCCAAGGUGUCUCUGGUCAAGGCUAAGAAAGGUUGGCGUCCAAGCUAUGCUUGGUCGAGUAUAUGGAGCACUAAGUGGGUUUUCGAACGAGGUGGACGAUGGAAGAUUGGUGAUGGUCGUCAGGUAGAUGUGAGACGGGACAAUUGGUUGCCGCAUGGCUCUCCUAUUAUUUAUAGUGAGGAUCUUUUGGUUGAAUUGAAUAUUAAUAAUGUUUCUGAUUUGCUGUUGAGUCAGGGUAGAAUGUGGAAUAGAGAGCUUGUUGAGCAUGUUUUUUGCCCUAACACUGCUUUACAGAUUCUCUCCCUCCCGCUGUCUGUGCACGGAGGUGUAGCAGAUUCCCUUUUUUGGACAGGUUCUAUUGAUGGUGUUUAUUCCUCAAAGCUUGGGUACUCUUUCAUUAAGGACCAUGAUGCAAGGUCUCAGACAUCUGCUUCUUUGGCGGUCUCUCCUUUGCCUGCCAAUCUUUGGAAAAAAAUUUGGAAAUCUAAUGCAAUACCAAGGUGCAAAGAGCUAGCUUGGCGUGCUUUUUGUUCCCUCCUUCCGGUCCGUGAUUCGUUAUGGCGAAGGGGUGUGGAGGUUGAUCCCACUUGCCCUUUGUGUGGUGAGGAGAAUGAAAUUGUGAGUCACCUUUGGCUCAAUUGCCCUAUGUCUAAAUGUUUCUGGUUUGCUUAUUCUCUUGGCCUUCGUUUGGAUUCUUUUUCAUCUUUACCUGAGUUUCUUUUACAGUUUUUAGCUGAUGCUGAUGCUGAUGAUGGGGCCAUUUCUCGGUGGUUGUCGGCUUCCUACGCCCUGUGGGAAGCACGUAACAAAGUUAUCUUUCAGGACAGACCGUUCUCGUGUGAUGUUGUGCUCCAGCGGGCGUUUCAACUUGAGUUGGUGGAUGAUCCGACGUCGACUCCCUUUCAUCCAGCGAUAGAGCAGGCCGUGAGCUGGUGUCGACCUCCCCAGGGGCUCUUCAAGGUUAAUGUUGACGGUUCUUGGAGAUCAGAUUCAACGUCGGGUUUGGGCAUGGCUGCUAGAAACCAUGAGGGCUUGAUUCUUGCAGCAGCAGCAGAUGUGGUGGAGAGGACGUCAUCAGCGUUGGAGACGGAGGCUUUAGCGCUUCGUUGGUCCAUUGGUUUAGCUAUCUCUCUUGGCUUCCGACGAGUUUGCUUGGAGACGGAUUGUCUCAAACUGUUCCAGCUGUGGAAAAAACCUCCAGAUGGGAGGAAUUAUUUAGCUACUAUUCUUAACGAUUGUUUCCAGUAUUGUCGCUCUUUCGAUUUUAUUUCCCUUUCUUUUGUUCGCCGCCCUGGCAAUACUGUGGCUGACUAUUUGGCUAGGCAUGCUUCCUCUUUCGCCGGUUGCGUGUGGAUUGAGGAAGUCCCUCCUGAGGUUGAGACUUUUGUAACCGCAGACAUUUUGGCUUCUAUGCCCCCCGUUUAA